AUGCCCCACGCGGCACCAGCGACUAUGUCGGCUGCGCGCCACCCGCACUUCUACACGGUGGAAGUGGGCGACACGCGGUUCACUAUACUCAAAGCGAUACCAGAACUUGAAGCCCAUCGGCUCCGGAGCACAAGGAAUUGUCUGCUGAUCCAGUUAGUAUUAGCCGUAGCGAUGGUAUAUUACUCAGUAACGAUCGGUGACACGGUGUUCACGAUACCGACGCGCUAUACCGAGGUCGUGCGUCGCGGCGCCGGCGCUCAGGGCAUGGUGUGCGCCGCCUACGACACGGUGACACAACAGAAUGUCGCCAUCAAGAAGCUGUCUCGACCCUUCCAGAACGUGACGCACGCCAAGCGAGCUUACAGAGAGUUCAAAUUGAUGAAACUCGUCAAUCACAAAAAUAUAAUCGGUCUGCUGAAACGCGUUCACCCCCCAGAAGAGCCUGGAGGAGUUCCAGGACGUGUACCUGGGUGA